CGAAUACAGAGAGAGAGAGACACACACACACACAGAGCUGAGAAGAGAGUUUCCUUCGCUGCUGUGAUUAGGUUUUUCUACAGAAGACGAAAGACUCUUUUCGCAGUAGCAUUCAAUUCUCUCCCUGUUUUGAUUUUGAAAAAAAAAUGGCUCGUUCUCUCUCCAACGCUAAGCUUUUCUCUGCCUUCAUCGUCGAUAGAAUCUCCGUUUCUGCAAGCAGGCGAGGAUAUGCGGGGGCGUCGCAAGGUGUUGCUGUGAGUGGAAGUGGAGGAGCAAGGGAGGCGAUGGCGAAGAAAGGAGGUGAAGAGGUGACGAAGACAUCGUCGUGGGUUCCAGAUCCGGAGACAGGGUACUACAGGCCGGAGAAUCACGCAGACGAUAUAGAUGUGGCUGAGUUGCGUGAGAUGCUAUUGAAGAACAACAUCAGAAGACACUGAGAUGGAAAUCAAUCAUCCA